AUGCGGCUGCUAUACACUACGAGCGAUGGGCUGCUUGGAUGGACUGGCGACCUGAUUGGGGACAAGAUCCCCCCUUAUGCGAUCCUGUCGCACACUUGGGAAGAAGGACAGGAAGUAACAUUUGCUGACCUGAAAGAUCUGCACAAUACAGCAGGUGAUGAAGUACGAAGAAAGCAUGGGUAUCAAAAACUCCUGUUCUGCGCGCAACAGGCCAAGCGGGACGAUCUGGACUACUUCUGGGUGGACACUUGCUGCAUUGAUAAGACGAACAACACAGAGCUUUCUGAAGCGAUCAACUCCAUGUUCCGCUGGUACCAGAAUGCAAUUAAGUGCUACGUAUUCCUUUCAGAUGUCGAAAAGGACACCCUAGAGGGCGAUGGCAAGUCAGCAUUCAGAAAGAGCAGGUGGUUUAACCGAGGAUGGACGCUUCAGGAACUACUGGCACCUCGUUCCGUCGAGUUCUUCUCUAAAGACGGAGUUCGACUAGGGGAUAAAGAUUCACUCAAGCAAACUUUACACGAGAUUACCGGAAUACCUAUUAAAGCUCUUUCAGGGAGGGACUUGUCCGAGUUCGACGUUGCUGAGCGGUUCUCAUGGGCAGCAAAUCGCCAAACGACACGCCAAGAAGACGGUGCAUACUGCCUGCUAGGUAUAUUUGGUAUCUUUAUGCCACUAAUAUACGGUGAAGGCAAAGAUAGUGCUAUGAAACGGCUACAGAAAGAAGUAAAGGGAGCUUCAGUGGACACCGCAGGUCAAGAAAAGUGGUUUGGUAAAAUCUGCAGCUGGCUUUCCGCUCCUGACCCGUCCACAAACUACCAUAAAGCGCAAAAGCAGCGGCAGGCUGAGACUGGACUCUGGCUGUUAGACAACGCAAGCUUCACUAAAUGGAAAGCAACUCCAGCGUCACGACUGUGGCUGUAUGGGAUCCCGGGAUGCGGCAAGACCAUCCUGAGCUCAACAGUCAUCGAGCACCUGCUGCAACACUGCUACAGUGAUGCUAGUAUGGCGACAGCGUACUUUUACUUCGACUUCAACGACAUACAGAAACGGAACCCAGAGCUGAUGCUCCGCUCGUUGCUCUGCCAGCUCCUGCAGGGCUUGGUUAUAAUACCUAAGGGCGUCAACGCAUUGUUCUCGGCAUGCGCAGAUAGGGGUCAACAGCCAUCACUACGUGCGCUGCUCGAACUCAUACCGCAGGUGAUACAACAGUUCACGCAUGUCUAUAUUGUUCUAGAUGCGCUCGAUGAAUGCACACAGCGCCAAGAACUAAUGGAUAUGCUUAAGGUAGUGGCUAGAUGGCAGCUUGACAACCUACAUCUGCUUAUGACUAGCCGUAAAGAGCGGGAUAUCGAGACAUCUUUGGAGAGUUACAUCAAAGAAGAAGACACAAUCUGUCUUCAAAAAGACGUUGUAGACAGCGACAUACAACGAUAUGUUCAACAAAGGUUGUCUGAUGAUAAGAGUCUAGCACAAUGGAACAAAGAUGCUGCCAUCAGACAAGAAAUUGAGGCUACACUGAUGCACGGAGCUCGUGGGAUGUUCCGAUGGGCUGUGUGUCAGCUUGACACGUUAGCACAGUGUCGCAAUCGGGUGAUGCUGCGCAAGUCAUUAACCACUUUACCGAAAACGCUGGAUCAGACAUAUGACCGCAUUCUCGCUGCUAUAAGUGAACAAGAUCGCGACUUCGCGAUGCGCAUCCUGCGGUGGCUAACGUUCUCUGAGCGGCCGAUGUCGGUCGAAGAGAUCGCUGAGGUUGUCGCUAUUGACGUAGCACGCGAGCCAGCGUUCGACCGCGAUGGAGUACUGGAAGACCCGCUAGAGGUGUUGAACAUCUGCUCUAGUCUUGUCACUACCACGACGAAUGAGCUGGACAUAUAUCAAACGAUAGAAUCUCCUACAAUCACUCUAGCGCAUUAUUCUGUCCAGGAGUAUCUUGUGUCAGAGAGAAUCAAGCAAGGACAAUCGAAGCAGUACAGUAUGCAAGCCGUUGAAUGCCAUACUACGAUAGCAGAGGGUUGUUUGAAAUAUUUACUACAAUUCCAGCAACCAACUUCAAUACACAUUCUUGAGGAGUUUACGCUCGCAAGGUAUACAGCAGAGUUCUGGGGUAGACAUUUUCGAAAAAUAGGGGAUGAGACAAGCAGAGUGAGCCGAGUAGCGAUGAGCUUGAUGUCGAUGGAGCAACCCGCAUAUCUCACAUGGAUCCGGUUGUGGGACCCAGAUUUUCCAUGGAAGAAACCAAACUUAGCAAGAGGUCUAGAAAGCAUAGCUACGCCGCUUUACUAUGCCGCAUUGUUGGGC